AUGCCCAACUUUGACUGGCUCAAGGCUGUUGGGGCCACAAACGAGGCCGUCGCCGUCCUCAACGACCAGCCCCAACUUUUCGUCACCCUUAUUCUCGUCAUUGUUGGUCUUAUCAUCCAGUGUCUCGUUAUCUGGUAUAUACAUUUUGCCACCCUCAAGCCCGAGCAGAAGAAGAAGAAGGAGAAGAAAAAGGAUGGCUCCAAGGACAAGGGCAAGUCGGUCGCCCGGAAAUAA